AUGACUAUUGAAACACCAGCACAACAACAAUUGGCACAAGAAUUGAUCAAAGAAAAACAAACCGAAGAUGUUCGAGAAUUGAUUCAAAUUUUAAAAGAAUUGACAACCAAUUUCAAUGAGAAAUCAACAAAAAUAAUAACCGAAAAUGUAUUUGUCAAGCAUUUAAAAGAUGAAAUUUCAACAUUAAAAGAGAAAUGCCACAAGAAAGAGGUCGCUGUCGAGGAAUUGAAAACUCUAAAAAUUGAAAACGAGGGAGAAAUUCGUGAAUUGAUCGAGGAAAAAUGCAAUUACGAGAAGAGAUUUUAUUUGAGUGAAGAUGAACGUAACCGAUUGAUGAGAAUGGUAAAAGAAUUUGAAAGUAAAUUAAGAGAGGUCGAGAAUAAUAAUCAUAUUCAAUAUUACAAAUAUGUGGACGAAAUAAAGAAAUUAAAAGAGUCUUUGAGAGAAUUGGAUCGAUGCAAAGACCUGGCUUCGAGACGGGCUAAUAUUUUAUUAGUGAUUAUGAUGAUUUUUAUUGUAGUGGGGGCUUAUUUUGCUAGUGACUCAUUGAAUAAAUUGAAGACCUAUCUCGAACCAUUUUCUCAAUAA